GACUGAUCAGGAAAUUGAUCGAAUUACAGUUGUUAAUUCGACUCUAUAUGUGCUCCUCGAGCUCCUACUUACUUACUUACUUCCUUUGAAGAUCAUCAAUCAACAAUAUAUAUAUAAUCAAAUUUGAUUUGAUUAGAUAUCAAAGAGAGGGAGGAGAUUGAAUGAAAAUGGCGGGUGGUGGAGACGACAAGGAAGAGGAACAAGACGGAAUGUCGGUCCAUUCUCCGUGCAAGGUUCCACCUUCAUCUGCUUCUUCCCUUCGCAAGGAGCUAUCACAGGUUGAAUUGGAACUUAAGCUUCUCGAAGCUCUCUCAAUUUAUCCUCCUUCUAAAUUACGAGGUAUUCAUCGUCACUUUGUUCUCUAUGGUCUUAUGGAAUAUCUUCGAAAGAGUUUUGGUCGACAAUUCUCAUCGUCGGAGGUGUUGCAGUUGCUUGAUCGUUUCUAUGAUGUGGAGAUGCUGAAACCAGAUGAAGAAGAUGAAGAUAUUCUGAAUCAAGAGGAGGAAUUCUCCCUGCCUCAGAGUUACUUUUUAAAGGAGGAAUCUUGAAUGGCAACCUUGUUUUCUUUGUUUAAUCUCUUGGGUCUUUUCGAACUUUUACUUUUGGAAACUUGUGUCAAAAGCAACCUGAUAUAAAAUACUAAAACUCAAAUAUGAAUGAAUGAAAUAUCAGCUGCCAAAAUUAUACAUA